AUGCAGACACCAGCAACUACCGCCAAAGGCGGCAAGGGCGGGAAAGGAGGGAAAGGGGGAAAGGGAGGCAAGGGGGGGAAACGCAGCGGCCGGCACGGGGCAUCGGCGAGCAAGCAGCCGUCGAUUCAGGCGAAGCGGGAGCAGCAACAGUCAGAUCAGCAGUUGGCGCAAACUCCGCAGAAAGCUCUCUCCGCGCACGCCGCGCAGCCUCUAGAUCCUGCGCGGAUCACUUCCGCCGCAUCUCCGCUCUCCGCUUCCGCAAACGCCGCCGUCAAAAGCGAACAUGGGUCCGCGCCUGUUGUCGCUGGCGGAACCUUCGGGGGAGGCGCAGCAGCGUUGGGGGCAGCGCCGGGCGCGGAGCGGCCGGCUGCGGGGGGAGCGGCGGUGGCGGGGGAAGGGGUAGGAUUGGCGGGUCCGCUGGAAGUGGGCGCGCGGGUGAGCGCGCGGUGGCGCGACGGGAAGAUGCACCCCGCGAAGAUCAUCGAACGGCGGAAAGCGGCGGGGGGCGCGGACGAAUACGAGUACUACGUGCACUAUACCGAGUCACCCCGUUCCCCGGACAGCACCCCGUUCCCUGGAGGUGAUGGACUUGCCUUGCGCUUGAAAUGCGGAGCAGUCAACCGGCGAUUGGACGAGUGGAUCCCGGUGAGCAGCAUUGACCAAUCGUCUGUCAAUACGGCGUGUGAAGAGAAGGCUGAGGAGAAGCAUGGCAGCGGAGUGAAGAUGACACGUCAUCAGAAGAGGAAGAUAGACGAGCUACACAUAGAAGAGGGACAUGAAGACUUUGACGCGGCGAGUCUAAGGGAGCACGAGGAGUUCACCAAGGUGAAGAACGUGGCGGUGAUAGAGCUGGGGCGGUACGAGAUGGACACGUGGUACUUCUCGCCCUUCCCCCCCGAGUACGCGCACUGCUCCAAGCUCUUCUUCUGCGAGUUCUGCCUCGCGUUUCUCAAACGCCCCUCGCAGCUCGAAAGGCACAUGCGCAAGUGCGACCUCAAGCACCCACCGGGGGAUGAGAUUUACCGCAACGGCUCCCUCUCUAUGUUCGAGGUGGACGGCAAGCGCAACAAGGUGUACUGUCAGAACCUCUGCUACCUGGCGAAGCUAUUCCUGGACCACAAGACCCUUUACUACGACGUCGACCUCUUCCUCUUCUACAUCCUCUGCGAGUGCGACGAGCGCGGCUGCCACAUUGUCGGCUACUUCUCCAAGACCCUUAACUACGACGUGGACCUCUUCCUCUUUUACAUCCUCUGCGAGUGCGAUGAGCGGGGCUGCCAUAUUGUGGGGUACUUCUCCAAGAAGACGGUCGGAGAGUGGAAGAGUCUUCUUUUGCAUACGACCAAUCUCGCUCUCCCCUCUUAUCUUCCUUCUGAUCCCAAUCUUUCUCCCUCUUCCCGUCUUGGCACACCAGGAGAAGCAGUCAGAGGAGGGGUACAACCUGGCCUGCAUCCUCACCCUCCGCUCUUGGUUCCCCUCAUCCCCCUCAUCCCCCUCUCUCUACCUGCCUGCCUCAAUCUCAAUCCUCUACAGGAGAAGCAGUCAGAGGAGGGGUACAACCUGGCCUGCAUCCUCACGCUGCCGCCCUACCAGCGCAAGGGAUACGGCAAAUUCCUCAUCGCUUUCUCGUACGAGCUGUCAAAAAGGGAGGGGAAGGUGGGAACACCGGAGCGACCUCUGUCUGAUCUCGGACUGCUGAGCUACAGGGGGUACUGGCUGCGUGUGCUGCUGCGCAUCAUCAAACACCACCGCGGCAACCUGUCGAUCAAAGAGCUGAGCGACAUGACAGGCAACAAGACAGGCUUACUUACCUACGAGCUUUCGAAAAAAGAGGGUAAAGUCGGAACACCCGAGCGCCCUCUCUCCGACCUGGGUUUGCUGAGCUACCGCGGGUACUGGCUGCGGGUGCUGCUGCGCAUUCUGAAGCACCACCGCGGGAACCUGUCGAUCAAGGAGCUGAGCGACAUGACGGGCAUCAAGACAGAGGACGUCAUCUCCUCGCUGCAGUCGCUGCACCUCAUCCAGUACCGCCGCGGGCAGCAUGUCAUCUGUGCUGACCCCAAGGUGCUGGACCGACACCUGAAAGCGGUGGGAAAGCCGGGGCUGGAAGUUGACGUUUCGAAGCUGAUUUGGACGCCGUACAGGGAGCAGGGGGGGUGA